UUUCUCUGAAGCCAAAAGACCCCUUUCAAAUACAGGUGACCAUGGAAAAUGUAUCAGCAGUGACGUCCUUCAUAUUGACGGCAUACAUUGAACUGGAAGAUCACAGAUAUUUAUACUUCAUAUGUUUCCUUCUUUUGUACAUUGUGAUAUUAUUGGUCAAUUUAGUUCUUAUUGUAGUCAUAUGCACUGAGAAAAGUCUUCAUGAACCUAUGUACUUGUUUAUAUGUAGCUUAGCAGUGAAUGGAGUAUUUGGGAGCACAUCUUUAUUACCAUCUAUGCUUGUCUUUCUGUUGUCUCAUAGUUAUGAAAUAUCUCUGGCCAAUUGUUUGUUACAGAUAUAUUGUUUAAGCUCAUAUGUUACUGUCGAAUUUACUAUUUUAGCAGCGAUGAGCUAUGACCGGUAUGUUGCUAUUUGUCACCCGUUACACUAUCACCUCCUCAUGUCUCCUAAGAAGCUAUAUGCAGCUAUUACAUUAUCCUGGGUCAUUCCAUUCAUUUACUUUGCCCUUUUUUUCAUAAUGACUGUUCAGCGCACAUUUUGUGGCAAGAUUAUUGAAAAAGUGUAUUGUAUCAAUUUUCCUUUAGUUAAACUGUCUUGUUUUGAUACAAACGUUCAGAAUAUUUCUGGACUGGCAUUAACUUUUGUUUCACCUUUUUCUCAAAUCCUCAUAAUACUAUUUUCUUAUGGACAAAUACUCAGAAUCUGCCUGUUUGCUUCUAAGGAAUCUCAGACCAAAGCUAUUCGAACAUGCACCCCACACUUACUAACUCUGAUUAACUUUUCUGUGGGAUGCUUAUUUGAGGUCAUUCAGAGUCGUUUCAACAUGAGUCAUGUCCCUCAUAAAGCUCGCAUAUUCCUAUCCCUACACAUGUUCUUAUUUCCCCCAUUGUUAAAUCCUGUAAUUUAUGGAAUUAGCAAUCAAGCCAUUAAAGUCCAUAUUUUCAAAUUGUUUAGUAGUAAAAAGAAGAGUGAACCCCACUCAAGAUGA